UCUUAAAAGCAUUAUACAACGUUUAACACCUAGAAGAACCAGUCGUGUCAUUUUAACACGUUAAGCAAUUAGCAAAAGUAAUUAUUUUUAUUAAGAAGUACAAUUGAGGAUAUCAGUGGAAAAAUGACACAAGUGUGCUCUUUUAAUUAGGUAGAUGAUAUGAGAAAAUUUGGUAUUAUUUCUUUACAUAUGUAAGUUUAAAUUUAUUAAUAUUGUGAACGGAAGUCGUAAAUCGACCUCUUUCGUUUACUUUGCGUUGGACGUCUUCAGUUUGGCCAAUUUGUUUAGCUUCCGAUAUUCUGCGGAAACCGAAAUUACAUACAUGCGAUUAUAUACCAUCCACAAUGUGUUACGGAAUUAACUUCAUUAAUUUUUUGAAGAUAUUGUCAUUGUACUGUUAUUGUACUACUUUCCUCCCUGAGGUUCAAUUAUUCAUAAAUUUUCUUCUUGGUGUUGAACAAUUGAAUUAUAAUUUCUAGUGUUGGAUUACGAUAUUAGAUCAUAGAACUAAUUAUGAAUGAUUGUGAAGUGCUCUCUAGGUGAUUGUUCAAUCUGAAAGAAUGCAUGGUUCGACUGUAGAGGUACUCAAGGAUUUUCUUGGAUCUUGUUGGUCCUUGAAGACAAAAGAAGUGGACACAGGGAACAAAGUGCUUGCGAUUUAGGUUAUUUACUUGUGAAAUUGUAUCUGUGUGAAUCACAGUCUUGAAACGAUUUUUGAAAAUUUGGACAAUGGCACUGGUAAUGACGAUGAGAACGAAGAUCGACGAGGAUAACGCGUAAGAACAUGAAGAGAGGAAGGAGAUAGUGAAAUUGUAUGAAACUACAAAGAUUUCAAUUUUAUAAUAAGCUUUUAAAAAAAAAUCCAAUACUCCAAAUAAUAAAGAAUUCAGUUCUGAUCCUAAAAAUUCAAAUAAUAAUAAAAAUUCUAAUUUCGGUCCCUCAUAAUUUGAAGAAAUAUCGAUAACAAUAUAAGAAAGUGCACCAACAUCAAAUGUUUUGAUCAUUCCAUUUUCUAAUGGAGCCAAACAGCUGCCAAAACCACGCCUGCUCCUUGUCGAAGAUCUACAACUACAAUCUACGCAGAAGUUACGAAUUUUGGAGCACAGAAGAAACAUUUCCAACAAUGUGUCCUCUACCAAGCUGCUAUAACUUAGUCCCGGAUGUGUUGACCACGAGGAGCGUGCCUCUUUCGUGGGACCUUCCUUUGCUAAGAUACAAACCACAGCCACGCUAUGAGAAACCACCAUACUCAUACAUCGCUUUAAUAGCCAUGGCAAUCAAUUCUUCGCCUAAACAGAGACUCACCCUUUCAGGGAUCUAUAGAUUCAUUAUGGAUAGGUUUCCUUAUUACAGAGAAAAUCGUCAAGGAUGGCAAAACAGUAUAAGGCAUAAUCUGAGUUUAAACGAUUGCUUUGUGAAGAUACCAAGGGAUAAAGUGAUUGGAAACGAUAACGGGGAAGAUCAAGCUGGAAAAGGAAGCUACUGGACCUUAGACCCUUCUGCAAGCGAGAUGUUCGAGCAUGGUAAUUAUAGAAGAAGAAGGAUGAGGAGGCAACGAGGAUUGACGCAGGAUAAACAGGAACAGCAUCACACGGUGGUCUCGGUUUCGCCGGAAAUCAUAUCCAAUUUGACACGCAAGGAAAAAGAUGAACAGAGAUGUGAAACAAUUGAGAAAAACGUUGAACGAGCUCAAGGACAUUGUGUAAAGUCGAUGAUGUUUACGAUCGAGAAUAUCUUGCGAAAAUCCACGAACGAAUCUCCUAUUUAAAUGUGUAUGAACUAUGCAUUUUUAAUAUCAAAAUAAUUAAUUUUAAAAUAAAUAAAUAAUUGAUUUGAUAUCGUUAUCGUAUACUUCUUCGAUAUACUGAAUUAAGGUUAUUGAAAAUUCUUGAAUACAAUAUAAAAUAAAUGCUGUUUAUUACAAAAAUGUGCUUACUUUUCUAAUUAUAUAUCGUAUGUUGCGUAUAAAGAUUAAAAGUAUUAUUUAACGAAUAAUCUAAAAUAUGGUACAUUAUAUA